AUGUCGACGACUUCUAUAGAGCCACCUUGGAUGAGAACGGAGAGCACGUCGACAUCUGAGCCUUCGACUUAUACGACAUCAACAGAUUCGACGACUUCUAUAGAGCCACCUUGGAUGAGAACGGAGAGCACGUCGACAUCUGAGCCUUCGACUUAUACGACAUCAACAGAUUCGACGACUUCUAUAGAGCCACCUUGGAUGAGAACGGAGAGCACGUCGACAUCUGAGCCUUCGACUUAUACGACAUCAACAGAUUCGACGACUUCUAUAGAGCCACCUUGGAUGAGAACGGAGAGCACGUCGACAUCUGAGCCUUCGACUUAUACGACAUCAACAGAUUCGACGACUUCUAUAGAGCCACCUUGGAUGAGAACGGAGAGCACAUUCGACGAACUUUCUAUAGAGCCACCUUGGAUGAGAACGGAGAGCACGUCGACAUCUGAGCCUUCGACUUAUACGACAUCAACAGAUUCGACGACUUCUAUAGAGCCACCUUGGAUGAGAACGGAGAGCACGUCGACAUCUGAGCCUUCGACUUAUACGACAUCAACAGAUUCGACGACUUCUAUAGAGCCACCUUGGAUGAGAACGGAGAGCACGUCGACAUCUGAGCCUUCGACUUAUACGACAUCAACAGAUUCGACGACUUCUAUAGAGCCACCUUGGAUGAGAACGGAGAGCACGUCGACAUCUGAGCCUUCGACUUAUACGACAUCAACAGAUUCGACGACUUCUAUAGAGCCACCUUGGAUGAGAACGGAGAGCACAGCCACCUUGGAUGAGAACGAGAGCACGUCGACAUCUGAGCCUUCGACUUAUACGACAUCAACAGAUUCGACGACUUCUAUAGAGCCACCUUGGAUGAGAACGGAGAGCACGUCGACAUCUGAGCCUUCGACUUAUACGACAUCAACAGAUUCGACGACUUCUAUAGAGCCACCUUGGAUGAGAACGGAGAGCACGUCGACAUCUGAGCCUUCGACUUAUACGACAUCAACAGAUUCGACGACUUCUAUAGAGCCACCUUGGAUGAGAACGGAGAGCACGUCGACAUCUGAGCCUUCGACUUAUACGACAUCAACAGAUUCGACGACUUCUAUAGAGCCACCUUGGAUGAGAACGGAGAGCACGUCGACAUCUGAGCCUUCGACUUAUACUACAUCAACAGAUUCGACGACUUCUAUAGAGCCACCUUGGAUGAGAACGGAGAGCACGUCGACAUCUGAGCCUUCGACUUCCACGACAUCAACAGAUUCGACGACUUCUAUAGAGCCACCUUGGAUGAGAACGGAGAGCACGUCGACAUCUGAGCCUUCGACUUAUACGACAUCAACAGAUUCGACGACUUCUAUAGAGCCACCUUGGAUGAGAACGGAGAGCACGUCGACAUCUGAGCCUUCGACUUAUACGACAUCAACAGAUUCGACGACUUCUAUAGAGCCACCUUGGAUGAGAACGGAGAGCACGUCGACAUCUGAGCCUUCGACUUAUACUACAUCAACAGAUUCGACGACUUCUAUAGAGCCACCUUGGAUGAGAACGGAGAGCACGUCCACAUCUGAGCCUUCGACUUAUACUACAUCAACAGAUUCGACGACUUCUAUAGAGCCACCUUGGAUGAGAACGGAGAGCACAACGGAGAGCACGUCGACAUCUGAGCCUUCGACUUAUACGACAUCAACAGAUUCGACGACUUCUAUAGAGCCACCUUGGAUGAGAACGGAGAGCACGUCGACAUCUGAGCCUUCGACUUAUACGACAUCAACAGAUUCGACGACUUCUAUAGAGCCACCUUGGAUGAGAACGGAGAGCACGUCGACAUCUGAGCCUUCGACUUAUACGACAUCAACAGAUUCGACGACUUCUAUAGAGCCACCUUGGAUGAGAACGGAGAGCACGUCGACAUCUGAGCCUUCGACUUACGACAUCAACAGAUUCGACGACUUCUAUAGAGCCACCUUGGAUGAGAACGGAGAGCACAGUUCGACGACUUCUAUAGAGCCACCUUGGAUGAGAACGGAGAGCACGUCGACAUCUGAGCCUUCGACUUAUACGACAUCAACAGAUUCGACGACUUCUAUAGAGCCACCUUGGAUGAGAACGGAGAGCACGUCGACAUCUGAGCCUUCGACUUAUACGACAUCAACAGAUUCGACGACUUCUAUAGAGCCACCUUGGAUGAGAACGGAGAGCACGUCGACAUCUGAGCCUUCGACUUAUACGACAUCAACAGAUUCGACGACUUCUAUAGAGCCACCUUGGAUGAGAACGGAGAGCACGUCGACAUCUGAGCCUUCGACUUAUACGACAUCAACAGAUUCGACGACUUCUAUAGAGCCACCUUGGAUGAGAACGGAGAGCACGUCGACAUCUGAGCCUUCGACUUCCACGACAUCGAACAGAUUCGACGACUUCUAUAGAGCCACCUUGGAUGAGAACGGAGAGCACGUCGACAUCUGA